GACGGCGAAUACAUGAGAUUGACUGGAUCUUCGCGGCAUGAGAUGAUUUUCUUUUCUGUGAACACAUUUAACAGUCGAUAAUUAUGACUUUCCUGAAAAUAACACAACAUAAUUCAGCAAUGCUGUUAAACACCAGAGAGGUGCGUUCUUUGACUGAUGCUAUCAACUCAGAGGGCGUGAAAACAAAGAAACGGUUAGACCAGGUACUUCCCAAACUUGGCCAUCGAGACUGUAUAUUUGACAAGCAUACUCAUACAUAACUCAAGUGAUAUCCCAAAUAUGAAGAACACGACUGCUGAAGAAGAGAUUGGCAGCCCUCAAGUGAAGCAUACUUAUCAAACUUUACUUAAACCAUUCCCAGAGUUCAACGGGGUCCCCCCUAAUAAAGCUGUCGGUACAGACGUUGUGUGUGUUGAGGAUUUUAAAGCCUUUAGUGACAUCUGUAAAAACAGGCGACCGUCAACAACAGCAGACAUGACUCGAUACUUCAUGCAGAUGCCAGGUGUAAUUGUAGUUGGGAUACUCAUAAACCCUUUGUUUGGACUUCUCUCGUUUCUGACGCAUGUCCUCUUGGCUAAGCGCGCCAAACAAACUGAAAAAGCUAGACAGUGGAGACGCAUCGCUACUCGUUUGUACUUCACUGGUGUGGUUAUUACUGUUGGAAUAUGGGCAGUUGUGUUGGCUUAUAACUACGGAUUAUAUAGUCAAAACGUGGCCAGGGCACAAGAAGAAAUGAAGAAGGGCAACGGAAAGAUACCCACCAACAUUCACCUUACAGUGUUAACUUCCCCUAGCCCGGUUAAAAUCUCGUUUUACUCCCAAACAGAGGAAGCAAAGACGACCACAGCAACCACGACCAGCUCAACUGGACCACCAGAGCUGAGGCACAAUAAAAAGGCUACUUUUGACGAGUUUCAACUUGAGAUUUCGCCUUUCGCGUCUGACCAGAGUGUAAAGGGCAUUGAUGAUACAGAUAAUAGCGACGGUACAUUCCCCUUUAGAAAGUAGCAGUAGCCUGACCAAAGUUUUUGAGUGAAAUACAUUUAUAGCUUGACUUUGCCGGGAAAAUUCUAAUGAUAGAAUGACCUAUAGAAAGUAUAUUGGUUGGGAAAACUACCCAAACCAAAGAAUUUAGUGUAAUAUAGUACCGUAUAGUAUAUAUUUAUAAUAUGUCGAAAUGAGAAACAGAAUCCAACGUGAAGUUUACCGGAGAAACAUUCUUAGUGAGCAAUUCAACCACUGUUAUGGUUUUGGCAACGUAAUACAUGAGAGAAAAUCUUUCUAAGUGUUCUUUUUUACAGGGACUGAAAUGUAUUAUCCGUGGAGAAGUUACGAAUACUAUUUUCGUGACUAUAAGAGCAUGUACAGCUUGCAGAUGUACAACUUUAGUCUCAGGUGUAGGAGAGCGAAAUUUGUAAUCACAUCAUUUCAUUCCCUCAAACUUACCGUCCGAUUCCUGAAAAGGGCAUUUUUAUGACAUGUUUUGUGACCUUCGCUUUAUUUAUAUUUCCAUGCAAAGGAUAGUAACUUUACAAAUUACUGAUACUUGUAUUUGAAUUUUUCAUGUCCGUCUCAUGCAAUGUGUUUUUAUAGAGACACCGUUACUCUUGUAACUGUCUGGCAUAAAUGCAAUUUCCUAGACCUAUAUGGUGGGACAUAUAUAAUGUCAAGGGCAAUGGGACGAGUCAAAAGACACUGAAGUCAACCUAAAUUUCCUUGAUAAAAUACUCAAAUCUUGCCACCGACAUUUCAUUGUUUCGUUUCUGUCAUUUUAAAGUGUUUCAUCUGCUGCAUAUGUCACACACAUUGAUUUGGUGAUCACGCCAUAAAUCUAUAAUUAUUGUUGACCUCCAUUGGACGCGCAAACCCUUCAUUGAUUGCACAUGGAACGAAACUGCUUCGCCGAAAUCGAAUUAUCAUAAUUAAGGCAAUACAAAGACAUGUCGCUAAACUACUGUGAGUAAAUUUUUUACCUCCUUCUUAAGUCUCAGGUACAUAACAUGUUGUUGUUUCCAUUGUCUAUGUAAGGAAUGUUGUUGAGGAUGUCCAUGUAAACUAAAUAUAUAUGUACAAGUCAUUGUACGUAGUAUUACGUAACUGUGGGCAAGACCGUGUAUAAUUAUUGUAGUAUAUAACUGUAAAAACAUAGUUUUUAUGUAAUGUUGUAGCGAAAUACUGCCAUGAUGACAUGUUAUUCCC